CUCUCACGUCGCAGCAACUUUCACCAACCGCCCAGUACGCCCAGCACCCACCGACAGCGCAGGUCAAAAUGAAGUUCCUCAAGGUCGGCAGAGUCGCCAUCAUCACCCACGGCCGUUACGCCGGCAAGAAGGUCGUCAUCAUCCAGCCUGUCGACUCUGGCAACAAGGCUCACCCCUUCGGCCACGCCCUGGUCGCCGGCAUCGAGCGCUACCCCUCCAAGAUCACCCGCCGCAUGUCCAAGACCCGCCAGGACAAGCGCAACAAGAUCAAGCCCUUCGUCAAGCUUGUCAACUACAACCACUUGAUGCCCACCCGCUACACUCUCGAGCUCGAGGGCCUCAAGGGCGUCGUCAGCAACGACACCUUCAAGGAGGUCACCCAGCGUGAGGAUGCCAAGAAGCAGGUGAAGAAGGUUCUGGAGGAGCGUUACACGAGCGGAAAGAACAGAUGGUUCUUCACGCCUCUGAGAUUUUAAAGGACAAACCGUUUUCUGCAAUCGUCAACAGGUCGGGGAGUUGGGCUGGCUUGUAAAGAGCAUCAAUUGGCAUUUGAGGUCCUCGGUUUAAGGGCUCUCCCAAUGACAAACCAUUGAAAUCCAAGACGUUUGCCCUGUGAUACCUCAACAACAAAUGGAAAAAAAUGCCGCCGCUGCUGCUGUGACCGGAAGAGUGAUAGACACAAAAGAAGAUGAGAUUUAAAAGGGGUCAAGGGUCUAUGAUGACUGAUGGGUAUGAUUCAGCCCUCGGCCGUGGGAUGGCCAUGAUCAAUGGAACAUGAAAUAAGCAAGUCAAAUCAACCUUUUCCAGCCAACCUCGAGUCGUGAUGCCUUGCUAUAUCCUAUUCUGCGCGCGUGCUUCCAAUUUCAUGAGGUUUGAGUGCUGCGUCGGUGCCCACCACCACCGCUCGAGGUGUUGUACCC